GACUAAAGGUCGAAGGGAGAUUGUGGAUGUAUGCACACAGACUCAGCAAGUAGGCUGACUGUAGACUCGUUAAAUACAAUGAAGGGAAGAACAGAGGAGAAACUGACCGCGCGCGCAUUACAUCUAAAAACAGCAUAAGGAAAACAGUCAGCAAGUACCAUCAGAGAUCGCGAGCUCUAUUGUUAUUGUGACCUGUAGCUCAUUAAUCUCAGUAUCCUGUGCUGGAAGCUGCCCACGCGCAGCUGAACAGACAGAGAGAGAGAGAGAGAGAGAGAGAGGGGGCGCGAGCGAGCGCGCGCGAGCUUUUCCAUCCAGUGUGAUUUCAGAGAGCAGCACUGACUGAACCGAAAAGCACGCGAGCUUUUCAUUUUCCGGUCGCGCGAUUGAUUAACUCGCGCCGAUAAAUGGGACUCUGGACUAUUUCUCACCUCAUAACCGAACUUGCUGUUUGCUCAUAAAGAGAGAUUAUGUUUACUUUGGCUUUCCAGUUUCCCCUCAUCGCCGUCCUUGUAAUAGCAGGCACCAGUGGUCAAACUGUUCACACGGACAGUGACCGGUCAGGCUAUGUGGGCACUCAGGUGGAGCUGCGUUGUAAUUUUGCCAACAGUAAACCACCAGUGAAGAUCUCCCAGGUCACCUGGCAGAAAUCUGUCAAUGGAACCAAGCAGAAUGUGGCCAUCGCCAAUCCAGCUCUGGGUGUGUCUGUGCUACCAGUAUUUAAAGACCGGGUGAAGUUCAAGAACCCAGCGGUUCGCCAAAGAACACCCUCACUGGAAGACACGACUAUCGUCUUCAAUAACCUGAAACUGUCCGAUGAGGCGACGUACAUCUGCGAAUACACCACCUUUCCUGCGGGCAACAGGGAGAGCAUGGUCAAUCUCACCGUUUAUGCUCGACCGAUGGUCCAGAUGAGUCUGUCGACACCCACCAUAGUGGCAGGAUCAAAAGAUAUGAAAAUGACCGUAGCAACAUGUGUCUCAGCCAACGGGAAGCCCCCUGCUGUGAUCACAUGGGACACUGAGUUAGACGGUGAAGCAAACACUGAGGAGAUCAGGAACCCUGAUGGGACUAUAACAGUGCGCAGUGACUACAUCCUGACACCCAGUCGAGAAGCACAUGAGCAGCGACUUACCUGCAUCUCCACCUACAAUAACGAUCAGCAAACCGACAACGUUGUUCUCAAAGUACAGUAUGAGCCGGAGGUGAGCAUUGAGGGCUUUGAUGGAAACUGGUAUAUAAAUCGAGAAAAUGUUCAGCUAACUUGCGUGGCCGAUGCUAAUCCAGCCGUUUCUUCAUUUCAGUGGAGAUAUCUGAAUGGCUCCAUGCCAAAUACAGCUGAGCAACGUGAGGAGACACUAAUCUUUAAGGGUCCUGUGACCUAUGAGAUGGCGGGGACGUACAUGUGCGAUGCCACCAACAGUAUCGGUACAGGUUCGGCAUCAGUCGAGGUGAUUAUAACAGAGUCCCCUAGCUCUACACAUGCUGAGCAACAGCGAGCAGGCGCUGCUAUUGGUGGAGCGGUUGUGUGUGGUACAGUGCUGCUGGCAGCCAUUGUUUUGUUGGUGGUCUUCUUUCAUCGGCAAAGGCGCAAGUUUAAAGGAGAUUACAGCACCAAAAAACAGGUCCUGGCCAACGGCUUUGGCAAAGCUAGUGACCUAUCGUCGUGCCCCUCUCUGCCUCAGAGCCUGACCUAUCCCGAAGACCUGAACUAUCCUGAGGAUGAGAAGAAACCCGAACUUUAUGGAGGCCCCAGUUUCUUAGGUGAAAGUGUUCAGGAGUUCCAUAAUCAUCCUCCCAACAGGAUGGAGAGCUACAGUCCAGUGGAGGACAACAGGUUGAGGUAUAAUGAACAGAGCUACAGGGAAGGCUAUGGGUCUGAAGUGGAAGUCUCGGUGGAUAUGGUUCCUCAAAAGGAUGGUUCUGUCAUCUCUAAAGAGGAGUGGUAUGUGUGAAAAGAAAAUGAGGGAAAAAAAAUCUUUGUAUAUAAAGUCAUCUACGUGCCAUUGUUAGAAUUCCGUCCCGACUUACAUGCUAGAAAAUAGAGCUUAAAAUCCAAAUAAAUAUGGGUCAGCUUUAUAUUAAUCGCUGGUGUUGGAAUGCAGUCCAGAAUAAUGAGCAUUUUACAAGCAUUCACUGGUCCUAUUUCUGAUUUGUUAUACAUUUGUCAGGUAAAUUAUACCACAGUGCUUGUAAACUCUCGUUCCUGACUGGCCUGAAGGUGUUUAAUGUUCUGUAACAGCAGCUCUGACAGUACCGUAAUUCCAGCUACGAGGAAAAUCAUUAUGUGUUAGUUCUACUAUGUUAUUGUUUCUAUGGUAAAAACUAAGUCACAGGGGCUUUUACAUCAAACACGCCACAUAAUCUAAGUCUAAUAAAUAAUUUUUUUAAGUGUUAAUUAACAAAGUAAAACAUUUAUUAAUAUGGCAAAGCUUUCGAUAAGCAGAUGUCUAUUUAACAUUUUUGGAAGGAGGCUCCAGUGUCGCUUUGCAACAGUCUGUAAUUUUUAAGCUGCCUUUUGUCAUUAGCAAGCUGCUUUGUUAUUAUUAACUUUAAGAGAAAGUGAAGAAGCGACAGUUUAUAGCUGCUAUAACAUAAGUGAUAACAGGAAUUAGCUUGUUUUCCAUAUGUUCAAUAUGCACACCAUUAAAUGUAACUAUAAACAGAUCAAAAGUAUAAUUGCUGCGGUAUAAGGAUAAAACACUACAGGAUGUGCUGUUAUAGAAAAAAAGGAAUCAAUUUCAGGCUGGUAACAGUAACUGUUGUGAUUUGUUCCUUACUUUGACCCCUUUUUUUGGAUGAUGUCAUAAUUCAUUGUCAGCACUUAAUAGAGCAGAUAAUGGCAGAUAAAAGAGCAGAUUUGUUAGAUUAUAUAUAUAUAUAUAUAUAAAAAUGAACAGCAUGUUGUGGUGGGGAUCUUUCACACCCUGCACAGCAGAUAUUCUCACACCUGACCUUGGCUUUAUCAGGACAUGGUCACAGAGUGAGACAGUUGGAAUGUGUAAAGU